AUGGAGAAUAAUACAGAAGUGAGUGAAUUCAUCCUGCUAGGACUAACUAAUGACUCUGAACUCCAGGUUCCCCUAUUUAUAAUAUUUAUGCUCAUCUACCUCACCACUCUGGUGGGGAACCUGGGGAUGAGCACUCUAAUUCUGCUGGACUCUCGUCUCCACACCCCCAUGUACUUUUUUCUCUGUAACUUGUCUCUAGUCGACUUUUGUUACUCUUCAACAGUCACUCCAAAGGUUUUGGCUGGAUUGCUCAUGGAAGACAAGGUCAUCUCUUAUAAUGGAUGUGCUGCUCAGAUGUUCUUUUUUGUACAUUUUGCCACUGUGGAAAAUUACCUCUUGACCUCAAUGGCUUAUGAUCGCUAUGCAGCAGUGUGCAAACCUCUACACUACCCAGUCAUCAUGACCACAAGUGUGUGUGCUCGUAUGAUAAAAUGUUCUUAUAUUCUUGGUUUGCUGACUGCUGCUAUUGACAUUGGAGACACAUUUUGUCUCUCUUUCUGCAUGUCCAAUGUGAUCCAUCACUUUUUCUGUGACAUUCCAGCAGUCAUGACUCUGACUUGUUCUGAUAGCCAUAUUAAUGAGUUAAUUCUUUUCCUUCUUUCAAGCUUUAAUAUAUUUUUAGCACUCCUUGUUAUCUUAAUUUCCUAUAUGUUCAUAUUUACCACAAUUUUAAAGAUGCAUUCAGGUGAGGGCUACCAGAAGGCUUUAUUCACUUGUGCCUCUCACCUCACAGCUGUCUUCAUAUUUUAUGGGACUGUCAUUAUCAUGUACUUGCAGCCCAGCUCCAGUCACUCCAUGGACACUGACAAGGUGGCAUCUGUGUUCUACACCAUGGUCAUCCCCAUGAUGAACCCUCUGGUCUACAGCCUGAGGAACAAAGAGGUAAAAAGUGCAUUCAAGAAAGCUGUGGACAAGGCAAAAUAUUCCCUUAACUUACUGUUUUAA